GAGAAAAUAAUGCCAUAUGCUGCAAAGAAUGAGAUUUUCAUCUUAGGAGGGAAUGGUGAAGUAUCGUACAUUGAACUUGUGAAUCCACAAAAGGCUCCCGUACCAAACACUGUUUUACAAGGAAAUUUCGAGAUAUCCGCAAUGGAGGGUAAUGUUGUACGACAAUACAACGGUGACAAGAAGAAAAUGAGUGAGGUGACAGUUUUAGUGGCCGGAACUGAUGGUCGGAUUCGAGGAGGACCUGUACGAAGCUUAAUUGCUAAAUCCUCAGUUAAGGUGAUUGUGAGCACAACGAGUAAAUGUGAUGUACAUGGCAUGGUAAGUAAAGAAUAUCCUAUGGGAAAUAGGCAUCCACCAUUCGAGGACCAAGCUAAACGUUUGGAAGAUGUAGUGGAUCAGAUUUAUAAGGAAACAUUGAAGGAGCUCAAUCAAACAAAUUAAUACCUAGGGAGGGUGUGUCCAACUACCCCAAUGUUCUGGAUCUUAUUAAUUUACUUCAUUUUUUUAUGCUUUCUUUCAUUAUUACCCAUAAAUAUUAGGUUGUGACAUUUUGAUUCCCAGAAAUA